AUGCCACCGAAACCACCCCCAACCCACUUCCUCUGCAUCCCCCUCGUCACCACGGCCUCCCGGCCCCAUCUCACACGCAGCCUAGCCGCCUUCAGGGAGGAAGUGACGGCGCCCAACCCUUCCAGCGCAUACGGAGCGCUGCCGGUGCCCGAGCAAGCCAUCAGGCCUGUGGGAACUGUGCAUUUGACGUUGGGGGUUAUGAGUUUUUUGGAGCCCAAGCCGGAACCAAGUGGAAGUGGAAAAAGUGAAAGUUUGAGUGGCUUGAGGAAGUUGGAGGAGGCCAAGGCUUUGCUGAAGAGCUUGAAGCUGAAAGAGAUUUGGCAAGGGAUGAAGGAGGAGGAACAUCCGAAGAUCACGUUAAGGGGUCUUCACUCGAUGCAAUCGCCUUCCAAGGCAGCGGUACUCUACGCCCCGCCUGUUGACCCACUAGGCCACCUCCAGCGCUUUUGCGAGGAAGUUAAAGCCGAGUUCGUCCAGAGGGGGUUAAUGGUGGAGGAAGGCGGGAGACCGCUUUUGUUGCAUGCUACGGUGGUUAAUACGAUUUACGUCAAGGGGCGGGAUCAACAGCAAGCAGCGGGCAACAGAGGAGGAAAGAAGGGAGGCCAUGGCCACCAUGGUCAUCAUGGUCACCACGGUCACCACGGUCAUAGAAGAGGAGGGGGAAACAAAAGGGAAAGACUGACGAUAGACGCGAGGGAGAUUCUGGAGAGGUAUGAGGAGUAUACAUGGAUGGAGGGCGUCAAGGUGGAAAAGGUGGCUAUUUGCAAGAUGGGGGCGAAGAAGGAGAUGGUUGAUGGGGUGGUGGUUGACGAGGCUUAUGAGGUUGAGGAGGAGAUCGAGUUUUGAAAACAUCGGGCUUUAGAGAUUGAU